UUAAUUUUAGUGCGGCUGCGCGAUGGUCAAUGUUUUCGCCGUUGCUGACGCGACUCGGUAGGAGAAAAAGGAGAGUGUGUACCCUCUGGUUGUAGCUAGCGACGUUGUUAGAAUCUGAAAAAGGAGUACAACCAGACUGUAUUAUUACUUGGGAGCCAAGAAGGCAAGCUAAUGAGAGUAGGUCAGCGACAAUCCUAAACCGGUGACUAACCAACCUCUCCCGUAUGUGAUCGCCCUUGCUCGUCGUCGGACGCUGCCAGCGAGGGCCAAGGAACAACACAGCAUAUCGCCAUUAUAUGAUCCAGUGUCCAGAGUCACUUUUACCCUCCAUGUGGGUGAGGGAGCUGUGUGUCUCAGAUUAUGGCGAGAAAAACAGUUAGCAGGAAAAGGAAGGCAGGAGAGCCCAAGGACCAACAACAGCUGGGCUGGUGUCAAGCGCCACACAAGCGGAGCCGUGUUUCUUGUUCAUCACGUCAUGCCCAGCAGUGGUGGUGCAGUCGGCGCUCAGUGGUAUGUGCCCUCCGGGGGCGGGAGUUCAGACCUCAACAGCAGCACGAGUUACGGCUCCAGCGGAGCCUCCGGGGCUUUGCCGCCGGCAGGCUCCCUGGCAUUCUCAAGGAGAGAGAGUUCUCCCUAGGGCGACUCAACAAGGUGUUUGCUUCACAGUGGCUCAACCACAGGCAGGUGGUGUGUGGGACCAAGUGUAACACGCUUUUUGUAGCUGAUGUCCUGACAGGGCAGAUAACACGCAUUCCCAUGCUGAAGGACAGGGAGUGUCAUGGUGCAGGCUCUGGGGCGGUGGGUGCAGUGGGUGCGGUGGGUGCAGUGGUGGCGGGGCGGCAUUACCAACCCACAGGAGUGUCCCGUGCCCGGCUGGACCAGCAGGGCUGUGGGAUCCACGCUAUUGAACUCAACCCUUCUGGAACGCUGCUAGCUACAGGAGGAGACAACCCCAACAGCCUGGCCAUCUACCAGCUGCCCACAUUGGACCCUGUUUGUGUGGGAGAUGAAGGUCACAAUGACUGGAUCUUCUCCAUAGCUUGGAUCAGUGACAACAUGGCGGUUUCUGGGUCCAGAGAUGGCUCCAUGGGCCUGUGGGAGGUGACAGAGGAAGUAAUGAGCCAGGCGGAGCGGAGUCAGAAUGAAGAGGCGGUACCCUCAUACGCCCACAUAUCCCACCGUGCCCUCAAGGACAUCCCAAAGGAGUACACUAACCCAUACAACUGUAAAGUCCGUGCCCUGGCCUUCAACAACAACCAUAAGGAGCUUGGUGCUGUGUCUCUGGAUGGCUAUUUCCACCUCUGGAAAGCUGAGCACAACUUGUGCAAGAUACUGUCCACCAAGCUGCCUCACUGCAAAGAGAAUGUGUGUCUGGCAUAUGGGGAGGAAUGGUCGGUGUACGCUGUGGGUUCUCAGGCCCAUGUGUCCUUUCUGGAUCCACGGCAGCCUACACACAGCAUCAAGUCUGUCAAUUCAAGAGAGAGAGGAAGUGGGAUCCGUUCAGUGAGUUUCUACGAGCACAUUGUGACAGUGGGCACCGGUCAAGGUUCCCUUCUCUUCUACGACAUCCGGGCCCAGAGAUUUCUAGAGAACCCUUUAAAUCCAGGCGGAGGGUACCGGAAGUUCCCAGGAGAUGGCAUCCUCAAACUCUCGACAGGGAAAGGCUGGCUGAAUCACGAUGAGACGUGGAGGAGUUACUUCUCAGACAUUCAUUCCUUCCCCAACGCGGUGUACACCCACUGCUACGACGACUCUGGCACCAAGCUGUUCGUAGCAGGUGGACCACUCUGUUCUGGCCUGCACGGCAACUACGCAGGACUGUGGAGCUAGCCUCUCCGUCUCCUCCGUCACUCUAUCACUACAUCCUCGUCCAGACUUUUUCCCCUAACCAGUCCCUCCGUCCCUCUCCCUCUUCAAGUCCGUUGACAUCACUGUCUUUGGUAUUCCUCUUGCUCAUUGAAGUGUCACUCUGUUUUGCUCACAUGUGGACUCAGGAGCAUGAUCUUGCCCCCACAGUAUCACAGCUUUGAAUAUUGUCGUUGUGUAUGUUAGUGUCCUCAUAUUCCUCUAUCCCUUUCUCUCCCAAUUAUUCCUUUUUCUCCUUCCACAUCAACUACUUAGUUUUUUGUAUUGAAAUGUGUACAAACAAUGAACUAGUCAUCUUUAAACGCUGCAAAGUCUGCCACUGAGGGACUCUGAAGAGUUUUGAGAAACAUCUAGACUAAAGUAGUACAUGUUUUCAGAAUUUAAAAUGUCCAACCCGCAGGGAUUAGGCUAUGGUAUUUCGCUGGCUUGUUUUUUUGUAUGCAAGGACAGUGUUUACUGCUGCUUCCUCGGUGGUAAAAGACGGUGUCUUUGUGGAAUACCUGUGGAAUUUUUCUUCCAAAAGUUCCUUUUCAUUCUCUCACUAAAAUGGACGGCAAUAACAGAGAGGGAGAGAGGAAGAAGAAUGACUGAAGAGACAGUUAAUGUCGAAGGACUGAGCCGGAGUGCGGUUUGACAUUCGAUAGAGAAUACUUACUAGUCGGAGCAGCCCGUCCUGUCCCACAACAAUCACAAAGAACUUCUCUCUUCUCCACGCAGAAGUAAAAGCAAAGAAGCCAAUCAAAAUGGAACUUUGUGUUCAUAUUUGUUCUUACCGAGAUGAUGUAAAGGUGAAACAUAAAGAUUGCUAAAUGCAGUGUUGUUCUGCUAUUAAUUAAUCCCAACAAAUGCUUAUUUUACUUUUUUGUGUGUGACUUGACAGGCGUACCCCUGCUGAUAUUCUAAUUUUCAUUGUUUGUAUUUAUUUUCCCGUUUCUCCGUCACCUUUAUUCAGUUAAGCAGCUAUAAACACCCCUGGUGUUUAUAGCUGCUUCUUUUGAAGGAUGUAUUGUCUCUUUGACCUUUUGCAUAUGUUCCUGUUCUCUUUGACCAGAAUACUUUGAGCAGAUUUGACCAUUAGUGGUGUUCAAAUUCUGAUCUGUUAUUGUUACAAUUGAACCCACGGUUUUAAGUUUUGGUAGCAAAUACAAAUAUGAUUACUGAUAGAUUGAGGAGCCUUUAAUGUUGAGGUUAAAUCCCUCCCAUUUAUUCUGGGAUUCCUCCACAGGAACUAGGGAGAAGAUCUGUGGUAGUCCACUUUGAUCUUCUCAGUCAUCCAGCAAGAAGGAUGCAAGGAGAACUAUUGAGGGUUUUUGGACUCUACCCUGGAGUAAGAUGCUGCAGGCACAUACAUUUAUUGUCACCGUUGUAAAACUUUAUUCUUUUUUGUACCAAGGAGUGAGUGAUUCUGCUUUUUUCCUUGUUUGGUAGAGGCAGGCUUGACUUAUGUUUUUGCCUUCCUCUGGUCUUUCUGUGAAAGACUGCCGCAGGCGAUCAUAGCUUUUCCUUUUCUACAUGGAACUUUUCUGUAGUUUUCAUGAUAAUGACAUAUUGAAAAGAGAAACCCCAAUUACGACCACAAUUUGAACAAAUAAACCAACACUUUUAAAGUGUAUUUUAUAUAUAAAUGUGUAUAUGUAUGUGUAAAAUACAUUGGGACAGUUGCAUACAUUUUUAUGUAUAUGUCUGAGGAGGUGUGUGGAUUGAUCUGUCUACUUGGUGAUGCCCUGUUUUUUUUAUACAUGCCUCGUGAAUGUUUUUACAAAUGACUGAAUCUGAGGAUAUUGUAAGAUAUAAACAUCUGAAAAAAACAAGCUAUUAAAUCUUUAAAAAAAAAAGUAAAUAAAAAAGUAAAUGUA